AUGGCGGCAAAUGAUCAGAAUCGAAGUUUGACAACCACUGAAAAAUCGACCAGUGUGGUGAGUGAUCAGUCCACACUAGACGAAGAAGGACAUCAAGAUAUCCCUUUAGUAUUCCAGUGUAAAGAAUGUCAAGCCAUUGUUGGGGAUUCGCUUUCCUGGGUCUGUGUAGACCGGGAUUUGCGAUCUUUCACCUUGAAAAGUGUUACCGAUGAAGUGGUGAAGUCCCCGAAGAUGCUGACGUCCUGUGAUGAAUAUGACUUGGGAAGUACCUACUACCAGUUGAAAUGUAAGAAGUGUGGCCGGCAGCUUGGCCGGAUGUACACGACCACCCCGAGACAUCUCGACCAGCUGAGGGAUCUCUACACUUUACUGGCAGAGACUGUCUCCAGCUACCAGCUUGGAAGCAGCGAAAGCCCGACUGACGUUGAUGGCUGGAUGGCAACGUUUCCCUCGAUCAGAGACCUGCUGGAGAAGUUACACAAGACACAAACAGUUGUCCUCACCCUGAAUGAACGGAUCAGCGUUCUGGAGGGCUCAGCAGGAAUAUCAACUAGUCAGUACCAGUCAGACAGUGGAUCCUACAUGAACAAGCUCGCUGAAGGCAGUCGCAUGGGCAAUGGGAAGCAUGAGCGCAGAGAAAUGCCAAUAUUCGAACACGGGCGGUUGGAUCUGUCGAAAUCUGAACCAAAAAAUAAUUCACCAAAAGACGAUGGCACUGUUGUGAUGCCACAAGUUGGUAAUAACUCUUCGAAGAGGAAACACAGUAACUCUGAGAUCAAGAAACUGAUGAAUAAGAAGAGUCGCCCUGGUCGUAUCUAGCUAGAGUGGCUGCGGUAGUCUUGGCACUGGUCGUAUCUAGCUAGAGUGGCUGCGGUAGUCUUGGCACUGGUCGUAUCUAGCUAGAGUGGCUGCGGUAGUCUUGGCACUGGUCGUAUCUCGCUAGAGUGGCUGCGGUAGUCUUGGCACUGGUCGUAUCUAGCUAGAGUGGCUGUGGUAGUCUUGGCACUGGUCGUAUCUAGCUAGAGUGGCUGCGCUAGUCUUGGCACUGGUCGUAUCUAGCUGGAGUGGCUGUGGUAGUCUUGGCACUGGUCGUAUCUAGCUAGAGUGGCUGCGUUAGUCUUGGCACUGGUCGUAUCUAGCUAGAGUGGCUGCGCUAGUCUUGGCACUGGUCGUAUCUAGCUAGAGUGGCUGCGGUAGUCUUGACACUGGUCGUAUCUAGCUAGAGUGGCUGCGGUAGUCUUGGCACUGGUCGUAUCUUGCUAGGGUGGCUGCGGUAGUCUUGGCACUGGUGGUAUCUAGCUAGAGUGGCUGCGCUAGUCUUGGCUGAUCCUCUAAGGACUCGUCAAUACUGUGGCAUUUUUUAUAUAAAAACUAUUUUGUUUGAAGAACUAUAGAUGGUAAUAAGGCUGGAUUCAUACAAGUGAAAUGCAAUUCACUUAUGUAUAUGAGUGUUGAGGACAUAAUCAAAACAAUACAAAACUCGUGAACCAUUUAUAUGUUAGAUGGAGAAUGUAGACCAGGCUGUUUCGGUGAAGGGAAACUCGCUAAUCUCUACUGAAAAGGUAGUUUAUAUCACUCACAGAUGGCAGCACUGAACUAUCCCACCUGCCAGCUGACUACUAAUUAUUAGAUAUGGCGCAGUCCCCUGGUAGAUGUGAUACGAUGUCACAGCGAUCCUGAGGGAGUGAACACUGGUGCAACUGUCGAUAUCUCCGGCUGUUUAUUUGUGCAGUUUUUCCCACUUCCAUACUUAUCUGUGACCUUGCGUCACACCACAUACAAAAUGAACCUUUGCUUGGCUUACUGGACGUUCCCAUUGGUUAUAGGCUAAUUAACACACAAAGUCAAAUUGCCUAACUCGGAAAAUAUUAUGAGUUGGGCAUUUCUAUACCAAAAAACCAAGAUGGCGGACAGCAUUAUAAAAGGUUCCUAAUCUUAUCUAACGAAGCUAUUUGCAAUUAUAAAUUCCAGGGGAUGUGUUACUCUGCCAUAAAAUGAUCUCGGAUAAAAUUGCCCAAGUCAGUUAUGUGUUGAAUCAAAGUGCCUAACUCACCUGCUGAUAUUUGUAUCUUUGCCUAAGUCAUGUGCACCUUUUAUGUAACCGCCUUGACUCUCUAUGUUCAUUGUAUCUUAAUUGUCAUAUUAUCAUGUACCAUUUUCCAACAAAAAGUAAAUAAAUAAGU